AUGCUUCGGGAACUUAUUGCCUGGGUGUUGAAUAACUAUCUCGGGAAGUAUGUGGAAAAUCUUAACACCGCCCAGCUGACAAUUGCACUGCUUUCGGGUCAGGUGGAGCUAGAAAAUUUGCCCCUACGAAAGGAUGCAUUGCGCCACUUCGGUCUACCGCUACAAAUUGUCAGUGGCUCGAUCGGAAAGGUAAAGCUGACCGUUCCCGUGCGUGCCUUCCGGACUGCCUCCUGGUGUUUGUACAUAGACAACGUCAACGUGACCUGCGGCCCGAUUGAUCUCGAGCAGAACUGGAAUGCCGAAGCGGAACAGCAAACCGAGCAUGACCUGAAGGUGGCCUCACUCGAUCGAAUCGAAGCCAAAUGGCGCGCUCAACGCGAAACACCCGUCACCGAGGGCAGCUACUACGCAUCGUCGUAUUCCGGAUGGCUAAAUUAUGGUACUUCUCUGGUAACGAACAUCGUCGAAAACCUGCAGCUCACCGUCAACGGUAUACACAUACGGUACGAGGACGGGCUGACGAUUCCGCAGCAGCGGUUUGCCUGUGGGAUCAAGAUCGAUGCCCUGUCUGCACAAAGCUGCGACGAUGGUUGGGUUCCCGGACGAGCCGCUCCAAACUGGGCAUCCCAACAGCUCACCUUCAAGCUGGUCGAACUGACCAACUUUACCGUGUACUGGGAUCCGCGAGCGGUCGACGAAACAGUCCACAUCAUUAGCCCGAUUAGUGUUCGGGCUCAGCUGCAGCGCGAUCGUAGUGAAACGCCGCUCCGAACGCGCAGCCGGCCGCGAUUGGUGUGCGAUCUGAUUUGGGAGGAAAUUAAAAUAGUGCUCAGUGAUAUACAAUAUAAUCAAAUGAUGCAGUGCGUAAGAGGCCUGGACGAUAUCGCACGUUAUCGGAGGUUUAAGCUACUCCGACCAGUGGGCACCGUUCGGGAGGACCCACGGGCCUGGUGGCGAUACGCUGUCCGGUGCCACGGACUUUGUCGUCAUCUCGGUGUUACUGAUCCGUACGAGGUAGCGCGCGAUAAUCUGCAAUAUAUUCGCAUCUACACGCGUGUCGUCGCCAAUCCAAACGAGGUCCUGUCCAGUACACACAAGCAGUUUAAGGAUCGUAUCGAGAGGGAGCGAACGUUCGACGAGUUGCGUUUGCUGCGUGAUGUUUGCAUGGCACAGCUGCCGUCACUGGCGAAAUCGAUAGUAACAACGGGGACGUCUGCCGGUGGACCCAACCAGGGCAAAACCAUGUUGGUUCAUUUUUUCCCCCAAUGGUGGGGAUGGUAUAGCAACAACAAUAAUAAUGCCUCUGCAACCAAUGGAGCAAAGGAUGCCCCGGGCGGAACACCACCCGGAGCCGGGGACGAUGAUAAUUUUCCGGCAAUGCUACUGCAAGCCACAGACGAGCAGUCGCAGCUCUUGGUAGCAUCCGAUGGAACUCCCAACAAUGGUGGUGCUAACGAAGAUCUUAGCCCUGGCGGAAACAGUUUUGAGGAUGAAAUACUGAAUGCGUUGGCCGGAUCGGUUGAAUCAAACUCACUACUGAAGCGGGACGCUGUGUUUGGAAAGUUCCAGUUUAUUCUGAAGCGCGGAACGCUCGACUUUUGCGCUGCCCUCGAGAUGACACCAAAGCUCCAGUUUCUGUUUCACGAUCUCAAGAUGGAUGUGGAGUCGCGUCCCCGGAGUGGGUCACACUACGUCGGUUUGUCACUCGGUUCAAUCCGCAUCAAGGAUCGACUGACACCAAACUCACAGUUUCCGGAUCUGGUAAAACCGCAGCAAAAGGAAGAAGGAGGAUUGUUACUGAUUCAACAACAGAUGGCUGGAAGUGGAGGGAAAGGUGUCUCUUUCAGCACCGCUACCCCACCGGCGGCCGGUGGCAAUCGGCGUUCGUUACCAACGGAUGCAACGAUCGAACCGAUCUUUCAGAUACAGUACGAACGGAAACCCCUGUCGCACGAUACCGAUUGUCGGUUAAUGGUGAAGUCUAAAUCGCUCGACAUCGUGUAUAACAUGGAUGCCGUUCGGUGGCUGGUCGAUUUCCUCGUCAAGCCACACCAACAGUACGAUGCGCGUCGCCGGUUGGAGGACAUGAAAAACAAAACGAAGCAGGAGUUGAUGCGCAACUGGAAUUACAUCAUCGAGGGUCACCUGAGCGAACGAACGACAUGGACACUUGAGUUCGAUAUCUGUGCCCCACAGAUCAUCUUUGUUGAUAACUUUGCCGAUCGCACCAAUAGUACAAUAAUUGUUGUGGACUUUGGUCGCUUACAGUUAACAAACGGUGGUGAUCGAGGAUUAUCACCGGCAACUGCUGACGGCGGAAAUGCCGCAAUGGCUGCCACGGGUGACCCUGUUGUUGCAAAAGGUGGUUCUGGUACAGCUGGUGGCCGCACCGAAAGUUCGUGGCAACGCCGUGAUGCAACAUCAACGGAGGUAACGGAAAAUGAUGAAGAUGACGCAUUUAUGACGCCGUGCUCGACACCACCCGGUUCGGAGGCGAGCACCACCAACUCACCGACGUUGGUGAGCGCCUUUUCUGACCCGGGCGGGAACGAUCGGCCCGUGGGAGGCGCUGCUACGGCGCAACCGUUGGGUGUCGCAGACACUCUGAACGAAUAUCAGCUCUACCAACGCCUGUACGAUCGUUACCACCUACAACUGACGGACCUCCAGGUGUUGGUGUGUCACGCCAAAGAGCGUUGGACGGCGGCAAGUCAAAAGGGUACUUCUAACCUGCACGUCUUGGAUCGGUUCAGUAUCGUGCUGCAAGUAGAACGACGUGUAGUCUACACGAACGAUCCACAGUACCCUAGCUUAACACUUUCCGGUACGCUGCCGAAGCUAAACGCACACAUUAACGAGUACAAAGUGUCCUCCAUCUUGAUGCUUGUGAACAAACUAACCCGUAGUGCCACGAUGCCACCGCAAUCUGGUUGGCCUGCACCGACAACAGUCGACGACGAGUCAAGUGCUUCGGCUGCAAAAUCUCGCGAAACGAAUGCUGCUAGACAAGCGACCGAAAGCGCCAUAACGGCAAACAGCAACGGCGGAGCUAACGAGAAAGAUGAAAGCGCCACGGAUGGUGUGCAGAACAGGGAUGCGAUGACGAAUAUUGUUGUGUUUCAGUUCACCAUCGAUCAGAUGUCGCUCGAGGUUCAGUCACGUGGCCGAAGUGUGGCGGAAUUGCAAGUGUCCGGCGUGAAGGCUGGCUACAGUCAGCGGCCGGAAGACAUUAGCCUCACACUGUCCGUCCACGGAUUGCUGCUGGUUGAUGCAAUGCAAUCGUUUGGCCAGGACUUUGAACUGCUCAUCGCCAGCCACCGGCAUGUCGGGAUGGAUAGUCUUUCGGGAAGCUUACGACAAAGUGAACCAUGCUCACCUUGCUCACCGGCAUCACCGCCGGAUCCGAACGUACCGGGUCAUACCAUUCGACCAACCAGUCCUCUUACGAUUUCAAAAGCGCUCAGCAAUCUACAGCGAGCAACCUCUCCCAUAUGGAAUGCGGCAUGGACACCUCUCGGCGAUCUAGAUGCGUUGAUCACGGUAGAGGUCGUAUUUGUGACGGCCGAGCGGGCUGAGGAUCGACUGCAGGUGGCCAACAUACAAUUCAACAAUUUGGAUAUUAUUGCCAAUCAAGAGACAAUCGUGGAGCUGCUGGGUUUCAUUAAGCGAGUCAUACCCACACCGAUGCCGGCACCACCGGAACAAAGCGGACACAGUUUCCAUGGAGGCGGGUUCGCCAGUACCACUACCGAGAGUUCAGAAGCAUCACAUGUUGUGCCGCCAGCAGGUACCUCCAGUCGGCGCCACUCGGAUUCCAUCUCCUCCGACGGAGCGUCACCCGUACGACUCGAGAUUACGUUUGACUUCCAUCGAUUGAACGUGCUGGUGCUGCGAGCACUUAUACGCGAUAACUAUCUUGUUGGCCGCAAGGUCGGUACUUUUACGAUGUCGGAGGCAAAGAUACACGCGACGCUUGGGAUUGACAUUACGGUCGAGGGUUCCCUCGGGGGACUGCAGGUGCUGGACCUCACCCCGGAAGGUGUAAAUCAUCAGCGGAUUUUGUCCGUCGGUAAAGAUCCUCUCACCGAGGCUGCUACGACGGGGGCGUCCCGUCUCGAUACGGAUACUGGAGGACAGCCGGAUCUUAUGACAUCUCUGGCACAGGAAGUUUACGGUAUGGCAGGACCCAAGCGCGAUUCCUCGCCGACCGCUUGCGGUACUGGCAGCAUCGACCAGCAGCAUUUGCACGAUGAAAGGCAGGCGCUUUCGUUUCGUGUCUCGAAGGAUCUAAAUGCCUGCAUAGACAUUCGGGUGCAGAUGGCCUCGGUGUGGUUCAUUCACUGCGCUCGGUUUAUGCAGGAGCUGAGCUGGUGUGCGACGGAGUUUAAGCAUUACCUGAAAAAUCUGGCACGCUCGAUCCGGGACAAGGCAACUGAUAUGGCGCUCGGUUUAGUGCAAUCCCGGACAGACCUUUCGAGCAGUCGACCGGAAAGCAGUUACGCGUCGCCGCGUCGUGUUCGGCGACAGCGUACGGUUUCCUUGUCCCGAACGCAAGACGUGCUGCUGAACGCGGACUACACGCUGAAGGUGGACAUAACCCUCGAAACGCCGGUGCUGAUUUUGCCACGCAGUAGCAGCAGUCCCCAGGUGCUGGUGGCCCAUCUUGGCCGUAUCACUGUUAGCAACAAGCCAGAAGAAGACGUGGUAUCAACGGCAGCAAGUCACGAGCGUAUUGUGAUCAACCUUACGAACACACCACCCGGUGCUGCCAGUGGGUAUCGGUUGCGGGAAGACGAUGGUGCGGAUCGCACGUCGAUCGAUUGUAAUCUGAGCGAUUUGGAUGGACUCUACGACCCGCCACCCUUUGAUGGAAACCUUGAUGGUGGCAAUAGCGGUCGGAUUCGAUUUGCCAAAGAUGACUCAACCGAGUUCAUCGAUAGCCUAGCGGCUGAUGGUGGUGGUCGCGGUGCUACAGGAGGCACGGAGCUAGAUCGGUAUCAGAUCGACUUUCGAAACAUCAACUUGUACUCGCUCGAUACCACCAACCGUAAGGGAGGGUUCCGUUUUGCGGGACUACCACGGGCGGAGGAAUUUUAUUCGUGCAAAGAGAAUGCGAUUCCGAUCAUACAUGACACGAUCUUUAGUCUGGAGAUAUGGCGUGAGCAGCAGCUUGGUGGCGGCGCAGACUUUGCUAGUGAGUGGGACGAAGCUAGCGACGGAUUUCGAAUAGUGGGAUGUGUAGUGAAACCCUUGCGGCUCUCUCUGAAACGUCAGCAGUACGAACAACUGCUUGAAACGAUCGACAAUCUGUUUGCGAUACCGAAAGAUUUGGUUCGCCCUCCGAGUGAAGUUCCGGCGACGCUUGAAAAGGUAACUGAGCUGGCAGAAGAAUCGUCUUUCCACACCUUUCCGCUCCCGACGAAGGUGCGCCAGGGAUUGUUCUACCAGGCGAUCCUUGAAGAUCAGCGAGGAGCACCGGGAGGGUCAGCUAAGAUCAGCAUACGGGUGAACUUUGAGCUUCCGGCAUUCAUUAUCCAACUGAACGGCAACCGCAACGAGGCAUUGGUGCAGAUAUCGUUCCGUGAUUUUUGUGUUGACUUCGACAAACGAACGCAGUACGAAACGCACGUCAAGAUAUCGCUACGGUCACUGCUGAUGGAGGAUCUACUGCAAUCGGAUACGGCCAAGAAUCGAUACAUGGUAGUAUCGUCGGCCGAGCGUGAUUCGGUGACCGCACGUCCCAGUGGCUCAUCGUUUGCGUCCCAUUCGUGCCCGAACUUGGUCGGACUGUUGCUAGCUAAUAUGGAAGGAUUACCAAACUCGUUGCCAACAAAUCUCGAAGAUAAAACGGGAUUUGCUUUUCUGGCCGCCAAUAAGUCACUCUGCCCGGAUACACCACCGCCUUCGCCGUCGGUACAAAGACCCGAGCCGGGGGUUCGGUUGGAUCCGGAGGAAAAUCUGGUCAUCUACAGCUCGGUGAUUGUCGAUCCGGCAUGCCCAACGUUUGCUACGCAGUUUGGUUCGAUGCAGCAGUCCAGUUUGAUCGAUUUCAACGCCCUCGAUUUGAUCGUGUCGGUCGAAAGUUGGUUCGUGUUGCUAGACUUUUUCGGUCUCCUCUCGGACGAUACGGAUUCGUCCAAUGGCGAAGGGAGCGGAGCUUCGCAAAAGCCUGAAUCGAGGUCAGCGUCGUCACAACCAGGUGAAAAGUUAUCGGACAAUUCGCAGAGAGACUGCGGCGCAAAUUCGUCAUUCUACGACAACAGUGAACCGUUUAGCGGCGGCGCUGCCGCAUCGUCCGCUACCGUCGGACAAUCGAAACUGGAAAUAUCAGUCCGGUCACUGAGCUUGGUGUUGGCCAAACCGACGUAUGAAAUUGCGAAAGCAAACGUCUCAAACGCACAGCUCACAAUUUCGAAACGCGGACAGGCCAAACAAGUCGAGGGAAGCCUGGGGUCGAUUACGUUGAGCGAUCUGACACCGUUCGGUAUGCUCUACCGGGACAAGUUUGCGACCACCGGAACAGAGGCGCUUAACUUUGUGUAUGUACGCGAUGCGAUCAAAGGCACAACUGAUGGCAGUACCCGUGGUUUGCAGAAAGAUGCCCAGCUUACGAUCGCAAUGUCGUCGGUGCGAUACAUUCAUACAAAGCGCUUCAUCGCCGAAAUUCAACUGUUCUUUAAGGAAUUUUCUCAUCUUCAAACGCCCAUGAUGAGGAAAAUAAAACCAGCCGAUGCUCGAGCUUACCACAAUCAACGACCGACACAGCUCGGUUUGGCAAUCAAUGCGGGAGCACCGAUUAUUCUGCUACCCAUGAGCUACAACAGUCACCAGGUGAUCGUAGCGGAUCUGGGCGAGUUUCGUCUAACGAACGAGUUCCGGUUGAGUGCGGGUGAAUGUGAAGUGCUCGACGUGAUGCAUGUUAAUCUGUUUCACACCGACAUCUUUGCGGCCCGCAUGGAGGAGAAACCAGACGAUCGAUUCAUUCCCGUGCCCACGAUGGCUUCUUCAGCGAGUUUGGAUCGGGACGCCGUUAUCGAUAUGCGCGGUUAUAGAUUGGUGAAAAAGGGACCAAGUCUACUGAAGGAAAAAUGUCACCUUAAGCUCGAGGUGGAACGGAACCUGGACUCACUGAACAGUCAUUCCGUUCCAGAUAUCACAGUUUACGGAACGCUCUCGAAGCUGGAUGCUUUGCUCGACCUCCAGCAGUACAGGCUGAUUCGAGGAUUUCUUUCGUAUAACCUUGGCGAAGAAAUCGACGAGCUGUAUCUUCGCGCCUUCUCUAUUCCAAACAGUACACUGAGUCUUAAUGCAGCCGACGCGACAUCAGAUCACCCGCCAGAGGACGUUUGGAAAAACCUUUCGAUACACUUGGAGUUACUGGACGUUUCGGUGCGCUUGGUGCAAACGCUGGAGGACACACUGCAUGCCCAAACGAAGCCACUGGCCUGUGUUAAUUUCAUCAAAUCAAAGCUGUUGGUCGAUUGCUUUAGCGAUGGUGCGCAAGACAUUGAUCUGGUUUCGCAAGAGAUUCAGCUUAUCGACACACGCUUCCUAGCGGGCGAAAGUAAUGGCAGUGUCAUGACAGGUGGGAGCGAGGUGCAGAAUGUUUUCCCGAACGUUCUUCAGCCAAUUCGUGGUGAACCGGGCACCGAGCUUGUGCAAGCGGAAAUUCACAGUCGUCGGCGUCGCGACUUGACAAAGUUUACCAUUCUGCUGAACAACAUGCGUCUGAUGGCUAUUCUGGAUUGGUUGGAGAAUGCUCGUGAUUUUAUUCUACAGCAAGAAGAUCCGCCACCAACCUUACCGUCAGCAGUGAUGACAGAUUUACUGGGAGAUGGUGGUCCUGCGGUCACGACGGCUGCCACCCUUCGCAGCAGCCCAAUUGAUGCCGCGCGGCGCAUUCCGACACCUGCCGAAGAAAGCCGCAUGGAACUGAAGCUGAAUAUUACCGAUUCGGAGUUGGUGUUUGUGGAGAAAACGGAUCAACUCGAUACGAAUGCCGUAAUUUUGAAGAGCACUACCGUCGUUUCUUACCGGCCAUUUGAAGUGAACAAAACACUGUCAAUCAAUCUGAAUAAUUUGGAAGUGUUUUCCUGCAUACUGGGCGCGGAAGAGCGGACUGCUCUGUCGAUCAUCGAUCCGGUCACCAUCAAUAUGGACGUAAAAAAGGGAGUGUUGGAGAUUCAAAUGCAAAAGCAGCUGUGCAUCAGGUUGUCGUAUCAUGACGUACGCAUGUUCCGCCAGAUGCUGGAAUCGCUUCCGGAACAGACGAAAAACGCACGCCACAACCGGCAGCAGUUACACGUUCGACGUAAGGAUACAGCAAACGAAGUCGGUUCGCCUUCGGUUGGUGCCGGUGGUGAAAUUAGCCGGAAGUCCGUCGAAAAGCUAGUCCAUCUAGGCUUCCGGCGUGAAGACUGUUUGUUGGCCCUGGAGCACUGCAGCCACCAGCUCGAUGAAGCGGCCCUAUGGUUAACGCAAAAUAAGGAACCGGCACGGCGGAACGAUGAUGUGGGUCGUUCGUUGAGUCACAGCAACAGCGUAGGAAGUGGAACUGGUGGAGGUGGUGGAGGAGCGAUAAGCAUUAAGGCGCUCGAGCUCAAAUCACCGUGCAUUUCAAUCUGCGUCAUCGACGAUUGUCGAGAUGCGGACGUGCCACUGGUAGAGCUAUCGCUCAGCAAACUAGACUUACGGCAAGAUCUAGCCGGAGCCUCGGUAUACGGACCUACGGUCGAAGAGCUGUCUGUACCGGCGAACGGGGCUGCAAACGUGCUCCCUGUUGACGUUGGUGAAGAUCCACUUGGAGCAACGUUUUCCGGUUUCAAUGCGGGCCGCAUAGCGGGCGUGUUUGCUAUCGAUUACUAUAAUCGUGUGCUGAGUGGCUGGGAACCGAUGAUUGAACCGUGGAAGGUAGAAGCGAAAUGGGGCCAAAGCUUGGCUAUUGGCGAUGGAGCUGGCGGAAGUGGAUUGAGGCGGCUGAAUAUGCGUGUAGAAAGUAACGACACACUCCGGCUCAACGUUACCAGUACGCUGAUCGAGCUAAUUGCGCUGGUCAAAGACAACUGGAUGCAAGAUCUUUACGUUGACGCUCCGCCACCGCGGAAACCCUCGGGAGACUCAUCGUUAUCCGCGUCAGCCUCUUUCUUCCGACAGCGCGCACCAUUCGUUCCUUUCGCGCUAAAAAAUGACACCGGCGUAAGGCUUUGGUAUACGACGCUCAUCUCGUCGGAGUUAAUCUCAUCGCACGGUCGUAACACUAUCAGCUCGCUGCCGAACGUCCCACCGGAAGCACAGUGGACGCUUGUUGAACCUGGCGGGGGCCUGUCUACGUUUUCGUACGGAACGCGCCAUAAAGCGCGACAUCGCGAUAGCCACAAAGUGAACUUGCACCAGAUUGCGGUGCGCGUCGAAGGCUGGCAGGAAGUGGGCCCGAUGUCGGUCGAUCGUGUUGGCACAUACUUCCGCCAUGCCCGGCCCGAUCUCUGCAGUGGUGCGGCGGCCGAUUACGCGCAAAUGCCACGAGCGCGCAUCGUGUUCGGUGUGACAAUGGAAGGAUCGGCCCAGAAACUGAUCACCGUGCGUUCGGCGCUAAAGUUAGUCAACAAACUCGAUCAACCGGUGCUGGUGAAGCUUGAGCACUUAUACGGCCAUCUGAACAUACGGCACUGGCCCGACACCAAAACGCUUAUUCUGCACUCGAACGAGCUACUCAAUGUUCCGCUUACGCAUGUUCACGCCGUGCUCUAUUUUCGACCGCUUGUUUCCCAUGCGGCGGCGAUCGGUGCUGGAGAUCAUGAGGCGAUCGUCGGAAGCAACACACGGUCUGUGUCUCCAGUAACGGUCCCUGGUGUUGCAGCACAGGUUCAAUCACAACACAGCAGUUCUAGCGACGGCUGGACCCUGCUACAACGCUUCGACGUCCCGAAGGUGGUCGCCCACAACGGGUUUCAGUUCACCGACCGGGGCGUUCAGUGGUCGGACGCGAUCGAGCCGGGAGAAUUGUACCAGGAGCUACGCAGUUGCCGUGGGCCACGAGACAAAAUGUGCAAACUGUUGCUGGCCAUCCGCAAGGAACCGUACCCAGCCAAAGAGCUCGCUCACCUACCAGGACACGUGAUCACCAUCUGGCCACCGGUGCGCAUUCACAAUCUGCUUCCGUGUGAUCUGCUGUAUCGACUACCGUCCGGCAGCCAGGGCCGUAUCUCGUCGUCCGAAACCGCACGCAUCACCGAGGUGGACAUUGAGCAGCCGAUCGUGUUGACGGUGACGCUCGAUAGCUACCCGAACCCCGGUCAGAUAACGAUUCCCGCCGGAACGUACGGAUCGACCACGCUCGAUGUGCGACUGUUUGACGUGUGCUCCCGUAUGCUGCGUCUGUCGGCCACGAUCGUCGUCGUGCGGGGCCGCGGAGUGCAGAUAUCCAUCGGUGCUCCCUACUGGUUGGUCAAUCGAACUGGGCUGCCACUCGUUUUCCGGCAGGACGAUCUCGAUGCGGAGUGUGCUGGACAGUUUUCGGAGAACGAACAGGCGCGUAUGAUUACGCCGUUCAUGUUUGCGUUCAGUGACCCGGGAUGUUCGGGUGCGGUGACGAUGCGAUUGGGCCGUCGCUUCGGGAACCAACUGCAGUGGUGCCAACCGUUCAAGCUCGAGCAGGGAACACAGCAUCGCCAGCUGAUCGGAGCAUCGGAAACGUUCAUUAUCGGUGUGGAAGUGCGGCGGGCCCGUGGAAAGUACGGCCAGACAUCGAUCGUUACUUUUUCCCCUCGCUACCAGCUGUACAAUCGCAGCAGCUACACGUUGCAGGUCCUGCAGAAGUGUCUCGUCAGUGGUACGACCGUUUACGAUCCGGCAGCACGCGGUGCGUACAUAGAGGCAGUACCGGGUUGUCACAUUCCGUUCCACUGGCCCCGUUUGGACCGCGAGCACGAGCUGUGCGUCCGGUUACCGGAGGUGCCCGAGUGUCUCUGGUCGGGUGGCAUUCCGAUCGCCGGGACUGGGCUCAGUCUGUACAUCAACAUCCGGAACAUGAACGGUGUGAUGCACUUUUUGCGCCUCGAAACCAUCCUGCAAGGGGCGACGUAUUUUAUGGUAUUUAGCAACGCACAGGCUCUUCCGCCACCGAUUCGUUUGGACAACUAUUCGCACGUUCCGAUCACUUUCCAUCAAGCCGACGGUGGCAGAGCGACUAGCACUUUCAAAACCAUCGUCCGACCACACUCGUCCAUCGCUUACGUGCUCGAUGAACCAACCGGGGCCCCGUACCUGCAACUGGAAGCCCCCGGUGGUGAUUACUCCAAUUGUCGCCUCGAUGGGUUCGAACCAUUCCGGUUGAUGUACGAAAACUUUAUCUACAUUGCGUUCUCCCAAACAUUCACCGAAACACCGGGGGCAGAAUCCGGCACUCCAUUCACGGGACGAAUCGACCACCAGGGAACGGUGGCUGGAUUUGAUGUGCGAGCCCAACAGCUGGUGCUGGGGGUGGUUGAUGGGGGCCGAGUAGUGCUGGUGCGCAAGCACGCCGGCGAUCGAUCGCAGCUGUGGCGCAUGAACAACGAAAUGCAGCUCGAGCACGAAGGAACCUCACCGCCAAGUGAACCUGGCAAGAAGCAACGACGGUACGUGCUUGAUCUGGAAAAGCCACCGCAACCGAUGCAGUUCAUUGGACUUGUCGUUCGGCCGGCCAAUCGGCAGCGACAAUCGACGCAAACGUGGCGCUUCACCGAGGAUGGCCGGUUGAUGUGUGAUCAUGCGAACAUGUGUGUGCAGGCUCGUGGUGGAUUCUUUGGUCUCCACGCGGGCUCCGAGGCUGUACUGGGAAUGUGCGUAGCGGACACGAAAGUACUCACCGCGUGUGGCGUUCCGUUUGAGCAAGCGAUCGAACGGCAAAAACUGCGGCCUGGCUCGGGCUGCCUGUCGGUGGCCUAUCGCAUGGAUGGUCCAAUCAAGUCGAUCCAAAUCCGUGACGUAAAGGCGGGCGAUAUCGGUGGCCUAUCGUUGGACGCGAGCUGGAAGCAUGUUUCGCACAUUUUCACCACCCAAUCAAGCUCUACCCAGGACGCUGACGGUGAGGAGCCAUCUGCAGCAAUCCAAGCGUAUCACGUGCAGCUAAAUCUACGCAAAGGUAUCGGCCUGUCGCUCAUCUCGAACCAACCGUGCGAGGAGAUCGCUUACAUGGCUUUAGAAAACAUUCACAUGGAGUGCAUUCGGUCGCCGGCGGUCAACACGCUCGACUUUAGUGUCGGCGAUAUGCAGAUCGACAAUCAGCUGUUCGAAACGUCCUGCCCGAUCAUGCUUUAUACGAUCGGUGCCAGCGGUGCUGCGGAUGGCACUUCCGUGCGCCGAUCGUCGGCCGGAAGCAGUUCGCCGUCAUCACUGCAGCUGAACGUACGGCAACUGCCUAGCCCGAACACGAAUGCCGUUAUCUUUGAACACUUCAUUCUCAGCAUCCGCCCGAUCGCGGUGUACCUCGAGGAGCGCCUGUUUUUGCGGUUGGUAAAGUUUUUCGGGUUCGCCAAAGCGACGGUCGAUCCCACUACACUGCCGGACGAAACGGACUACGAGGCGCAGAAAAUCAUCUACAAGGUGCUCGAUAGCAACGUCAAGCGGUACUAUUUUGGCGAUCUGCGCAUCAUUCCGUCCCAGAUACGGCUUAGUUUCGUGACGGCAAGCAAGCUGACGGCAGAGUUCGCGGAGAUUAAGCGCAACCUGGGCUUCACGUUCAUCAAGUUCGAAGAUGCAGUCAUUAACUUCGACCAAUUUGCGCACAAGUACCACUUCGAGACGCUGGACGCUUACCUGAACGCGAUCCGCGCACACUACAAGCAGGAACUGAAGUGGCACGCGGCCUCCAUCCUCGGCAGUGUCGAUUUUUUAGGCAACCCGCUCGGCUUUGCCAACGACUUAUCGGAGGGUUUCUCGGGGCUGCUCCUCGAAGGUUCCAUUUCGUCUCUGGUGAAGAAUGUGACACAUGGGAUCUCCAACUCGACCGCCAAGCUGACGGAGACGAUCUCGGACGGGCUGGGGAAGGUGGUGUUUGAUGAUGAGCACGUCGAAACCCGACAACGUAUUCUGGAUGUGUCGGGCGGAGGUGGCAGUGGCAGCGGGACGACCGGCGAUCACUUGGUGGCCGGUUUCCGGGGCUUCACGUUCGGGCUGCUGGGUGGUGUGACGAGUAUCGUUAAGCACACGUACCAGGGCACGGCCAACGAUGGUCUAUCCGGCUUCAUCACUGGCCUUGGGAAAGGGCUCGUCGGAACCGUCACGAAGCCGGUGAUUGGUGUGCUGGAUCUCGCGUCGGAAACGGCCAAUGCAGUGCGCGAACAAAGCAAAGGAUCUAACCGUAUCCUACCCGAACGGAAGCGCCUGCCACGCACGGUAACGGGUGCCCCGGGUGGUCUGCUGCCGCCGUAUUCGUACCUCCAGAGCACCGGGCAGCACUAUCUGUUCCUCAUCAACAAGCGCAACUUUAGCGAACAGUUUCUGGCAUACGAACCGUGUCUGUUGGACACCAAAGACUCCAAGAUGCGUCUUCUCGUGACGGCCGAGAAUGUGUGGGGCUUUUCGAAAAAUGGUGAAACGACGAUGAUCGUGUUCCACUAUCCGAUGAGCGAGAUCAUUUCCUGCCAUCCAGAAACGACCACUACGGGAACUAGUGUACCCGGUAUGGCUACGAGCGAGCGAACCGGAAAUGAGACCAAGACGGUCAGCAAGCGCCCACCGAUCACUACCACGUACAUCGAGUUUUGCCUUUCGCUACCCUCGAAAUCGUCACUGACCCCGAGUGCACCGGAAAUGGUGAAGCGUCCACGGGUACGCUGCCAGAAUGAGGAGAUUGCGAAGAAGAUUUGUUAUCACGUGAACUUUGCGAAGUGUAUCUACGACGAGCGAGAACAGACGCUAAAUAUCAAUCCUGUGAUCGAAUAGUGGCCGUUUCCUUGGCGAGCAUCCUCGUCGCCGCCGUCGUCGUCGUUAUCGAUGUGGUGGUGCUGUGUACCACCGGUGGCCACUGUUUUUUGUAAAACCGAACCCAAAGUGAUAGGAAGGUAGAGAGUAAAAAAGACCAUUGAAGCACAUCCUCCCCACCAAAGCGCCACAGAGAAGACGAGUGAGGACAAUUGUAAAACAGAGAAUCAAAACCGGCAGACCGGGCGAAAUCCGCUCGUCACCAACCUCGUCAUCAUAAACCAUGUUAUCUCGAAUUCUGCGUUAACCAUAAACUCAGACGAAUCUUGUUACGUUUUGUUUCACGGAGCAAUCAGUUUUGUAUUUCGGUGUCGUUUAUCGUAAGUUUGUUAUUUCGCUAUCGAUAAGGAAGAUCUUGCUGUAUUUGUUUUUGGUUCGGUUUGUGCCCGCAGCCGGCAUCGCGAAGUAUGACCACGUUCCUUCUUCAUGCCUUUUUUUACAAACGAAAUCGAUAGGAGCAAUUAUACGAGUUAAUAAAUUUUUUUAUCAAUUUAAUCGACAGAAUGCUAAAAGACUUGGAACAAAAAAGUAAUAUUCUGCGUUGUGUUUAUAACGUAUACCACUCUUGGUUUAAUUCGAAAGAUAAGGCGGAGCUGGUGAGGUGCUUUGAA